CCCCAAUUGCUCGUGCACAAACGCACACACCGAUGCACUCACUCACUCUCACACACACAUAGACAAACACACUUUCUUUGGCAAGCGACAAUGGUGCUCUUUAAGGGAAGUUUGACGUGGAUAAUCCUCCUUUCUUGCCUGAAGGAUCUGGGAGGGCGCAGCUUUCUCAUCCAAAAUGCCCGCCUGCAGAAGUGCAUCCACGCCUCGCCUCACAAAGCCGAGAGGGUCGGCCUGUCGGAAUGCAAGGCCCACUCCCCAGGGCAUCAGUGGAGCUGGGACGGAGAGGCCUUGGCCGUGGUCAACCGACACACCAUGGAGUGCCUGGCCGUCUCCAACGCGGAAGAAUUGGCAGUAGCCCAGUUGGCGCCCUGCGAGGAGGAGACACUACAGGCCUGGUCGUGCAGUAAGAAAGGCCACCUGACCUUACACGGACACGGCCUCCAUCUCAGCGCGAAGCCGGGAGGACACAUUGCUUUCCUGUCCCGGGACAAGGACAGGUUCAGCAAGUGGAAGACUGCCACGGGGUCAAUCAUCUGUGCCACGGAGUUGGCGAGAGCCGCGGGACUCGGCGAGCCAAGAGAAGCUUCCUUGGACAGCUUGGAGGGUGGACCCGAAAAUAAAACAGUUGGUUCCCUAGAGAUCCGCACCCCUUCUGUGAAGGCCGCGACAUUCUCAGUGAUCCAUUUGGAAGGCCAGUCCUAUGUCACCAGCAGACUUCCAAUGUCCGACGAUAGACACCUUGAAGCAGAUGACGAAACAUAUCCUCCACAUCAAAAGCACCAGGAGAAGGCCACUGGUCCCCCAAAACUAGGUCCCAUCUGGAGAACUACCCUGCUUGUCCUAAGCCCUCUGGCCUUCAUCCUGGGGAUAAUUAUCCUGAUGUUCAACAUCCAAUCCAAAAAGAAGAAGAAGAAGCUGUUAGCUUUGAAGAGCCGGCAGAUGAGCUAUGAGGAACACCAACCUUCACCAGGAACGGUCAGCCCCACCUCCAAGAUGCAGAUCAUCCCUGCCUCACCUUCCCCUUCGCUCAAGCAUGGUGAGAUCUUGAUCGAAUGGAAAGACGGGACCACCACCUCGCUCUUUGACCAUUUAUACUAGCUGACCUACUCUUGUCUUCUCCCGCCUGAAUCUCUCGAGAUCCAGUUCUUCCUAACAAGAGACCUUUUGCUCACACUUGAAGCUUUUAUGGCCUCUCUCCCAAGGCUGAUGUUGUGUAGAUUAACACUUUCACUAAAAAGAAAGCGGCGGCCUUCACACUUGCACUAUAGUUACUACUGGUCAGGGGUCAGCAACUGACGGCUCUGGAGCCACGUGUGGCUCUCUUGCUGUGGCUCCGAUCCUGGUUGGCUCCACAAUUGAUAGGGCUUUUGGUUAGGACAGGUAGAGGAAAAAGGAAUUGAAUGGGGGCUUCCGGUUAGGAGCUUUGUGGCUCUUUUGAGUGUUUAAGGUUGCCGACUCCUGGUAUAGGUUGAUGACCAAACAAGGGGCAGACUUGGGAAAUUCUUGGACGAGACACCAUUAAGACUCCUAAAACAUAUAUAGGUUGCUGGAACUGGAUAGGUCUAGUUUAAUGAAAAGGGGGAUUAGGGGCCACAUGAUAGGAGGCUUCCAAUAUUUGUGGGGUUGUCACAAAAAAAGAGGGGUCCGCCUAUUUUCCAAAGCACCUGAAGGCCGGACAAGAAGCUACGGAUAUAAGGUGAUGACUAACAGGGCGCUUUGCUUUAAAUCUGUCUCAAAAUAAAAUAAAAAGCGUGUUUAACUAAAAGUCCAGUUUCUCAAAAAGAGAUUGCCAUUAUAAUCCUCACGCAUUAAUCACGAGAUCUCCAGAACCGUAAAGCCUACAAACUUGAAAUUUGCCAUGUUCUUCUGUUGUUGUUUUUUUAUUAUUAUUUUUUUUUUAAUUUGAAUUUUGAAAUGUUCCUCUUGGCUUCUAGGUGCUCACUCAGAAAGGAUUUUUCGAAAUGACCAUCAGAGCACUAGUAUUUCCUAUAUUAUUAUUAACACGCUCUGACGCUAAGGAGUUCUACUCCCCCUCCCCACCUGAAAAGAAAUCUGUUCCAAAUGCUAAACACAAGCAGAGGAGAGGAGUUUUACUUUCAGUUUUACUUUCACAGCAGGAAGCAGCUUUAAUACAGAACACUUGAGCUAAGACACGGCCAGGCUCUUUCCUGUCUCCUUCUUGCUCACACAGCAAAUACUGUUUGUGUUUCCAAACACCCCUCAACUCUCUCACACACUGACAGGAUGCUAGCCAGAUGAAUACCGAUGGAUGCUGCAGGCAUUCUA